AUGUGAUUCCAUGAAGUCUGGGUUUUCAUAUUAUGAUUCAAAUCUUUAUUUGGUAUUUAUGUUUAUGUAACUGUUUACGUUUUGCGCAGUCAUUUUUUAAUUUAUUAGUAGUCACUUUGAAUUAAUCUAAUACUCUAAAGAUAGUUUUUCAUAUAGUGUCCUUGAAGUUAUAAUUAUUCUUCGGAAAAGCUUUCCUUCAUCGAAAGUUGCGAUGAAUGAAAGAAAUCAUAUUAACUCUAGCGAACUCCGCUCGAACGUUGCCUCUCUGGUUGAACUUAUUGGUAAAAGAGACAUUAUUGAGGCAGAAAUAAUAAAUUUGAGUAAUGAGUUAAAAAAGUUAAAUGUUACUCUGUCGGAACCUUUAGUUGAUGAAGAAGGCUAUCCUCGAAGUGACAUUGAUGUUGCUACUGUUCGUCAAAUUCGCCAUGAUAUCAUAUGUAAACAGAAUGACUGCAAAACAUUAACAAAAAAGAUAGAAGAGGAUUUGAUUGCUUUGCAUGCUGAAGAAAAGAUAGUUCCAACUGCAUCUUGUAUGAAUGCACGUGAAGUUUUUUUCAAACCAUUUGCCAGGGUAGAUUUAGUUGAUGACAAUUCUCCUGCACAGAAAGCUGAUUUGCGAGUUGGGGAUUUUCUUGUUAAAUUUGGAACUCUAAAGUAUCACAACUUUGAAAACAUGCAAUCUCUUGCAAAGCUAGUCAUGGAAAAUAUUCGGAAACCAAUUCAUGUAAGUGUAUUAAGAAGUGAUAAGGUUGUGCCAUUGAUUCUUAUUCCUGAUGACUGGAGUGGAAAUGGAUAUCUUGGAUGCUUCAUUGUUGCUGUUAAACCAUUGCCAUAAUGCUGUGUUGUGAAAUGCAUUAUUUUUUCAAAAACCUUUUUGCUGUUAUACAGUGGAUAUUUUUAAGUUUAUUGUAUAUAUGUGCAUAUCAUAUUUAUUUCGUUAUUUGUGAUCAUUGUGAGGUAUUGACUGUGAAUCAUGUCUUGUAAAUUUAAAAGUGAUAUGUUUGUGAAAAAAAUAAAUAAAAUAUUUGUCUUGUUGUUGAAAUUUAA